AUGAGCAUAGAAGAUAGCGAGCAUGUGGAGGCAGACACACCUAGCCCCACAUGCGAUAUGCCAGAAUUGAGUAGCUCUGACAUCCAUCAAUGUCGCUUCUCGUCAUGGUAUCCAAUAUUCGCAUCCCAGACAAUCAAGAGCAAAAUCAUUCCAUUGCCAGCCGAGUUUGUCGCUUACUUACAUGCAGAUGGGGUCUUUCUACCUCUGGACCAGAAUGGCCUGCCACAACCGUCACGCUAUUCUGAUGCAGAUGAUCGCGAUAUUGAUGAAGAUGAUGAUGAAACCGCGAGUGAGUUGGAGGAAGACGAGCAGGACUUACCAAGCUUCCCAGAUCUACGAGCAUCUAUAACGGAAGCCAUCAAAGAACUUGGAGGUGCUGUCUUUCCGAAACUGAAUUGGAGUUCACCAAAGGACGCAGCCUGGAUAACUACAACAGGAACUCUGAAAUGUGUCGAUCCAUCAGAUAUCUUCUUGCUUUUGAAAUCGUCUGAUUUCAUUGUUCAUGAUUUGGAUCAUGCCUUUGAUGAUGUCCUACCGCCAAAAGAUGGUACAGAGGGCGGUGAUGAGAUACAUUCAUUUGAUCUGGUGUUACGGAGGUGGUAUGAGUAUGCUCCGUCUAUGGAGUUUAGAUGUUUUGUGUUUGAUGGUAGAUUGCUAGGGAUAUCUCAAAGGGACAACAACUAUUACGAGUUUCUAAGGCCAAUGCAUGAUGAUAUCUUGUCUGCUGUACAGAAAUUCAUCAGCCUGUCAGUGAGCAAAAAGUUUCCAGUUGCAACUUACGUAGUUGACGUGUACCUCUACCGCACAAACCUCAAAGUAUCCAUAAUCGAUUUCAACCCAUUCCGUUACGCAACGGACGCUCUCUUGUUUUCAUGGUCUGAAAUCAUGGAUUUAGCAAAGAAUGCUACAUCAGACAACAAGCCGAUCCUACGAUUUGUGCAACCUGGAGACGCAAUGGAAGGAGGAUUCAAGUACAUGACGAGUAGAAUACCUAGAGAUGUGGUUGAAUUGUCUCAAGGACGAACAAUGCAGGAAUUCAUGGCCGAGUUUGAGGACUUGAUGAGUAGCCAACUGGAGGAAGCAAGAUGA